AAUAGAUAGAUAGAACUGUUCAUUACAUACAUAUGUAAUAACUAUGCGGCUGGUGGUUUGGGUGUCUGUCGUGUUCCCUGUGCUUUACAGCCAGGGGACGGACGCCUGUCCUGACGAGUGUUACUGUGAACAGUCAUCUUACUGUAAUGGGACUUAUAUAGGUUGUGGUUUUAGAGGGCUGAGCAGAGUACCGACUAACAUCCCCACGAACACUUGUGAACUAGGGUUGUGGAACAAUGCUAUAACAACUUUAGAGAAUGGGAUUUUUGACGGAUUGACGAAUCUACAGAUCUUAGGGUUGUGGAACAAUGCUAUAACAACUUUAGAGAAUGGGAUUUUUGACGGAUUGACGAAUCUACAGAUCUUAGACCUGAAAUAUAAUAGGAUAACAACGUUACAAACUGGAAGCUUUGAUGAGUUGACAAAUCUGCAUAAACUAUACUUGUAUGGAAAUAAAAUAUCAACGUUACCAAAUGGAAUUUUUGAUGCAUUGACGAAUCUAGAGACACUGUAAGUAUAUGUAUAUACAUAAUAAUUACUUGUAAGCAGAGGAGGUGAAGAUAAUGAACAAUGUUGAAGAGUGAUAAAUCUUAUAUCUAUUAUAAGCAAUACGAAAUUAAGAGUUGGACAAACAUGGACCCCUGGUUAAACCAGACAUGGGAACAGGUGUUUAAGAAAAGUAAGGAUCCCCUGUCGACCGGUCACAUCUACCAUGAGCCCUAUAAGCGGAGUGAUCCGCAGUCAACACCAGUGUGUAAAGAAUGGCCUAACAAUUAGUAUGAAACACAUUAGACAUAAUUUGACUCAAUGGCAGGUUGUAUUGGUAACUUAGAUCGUUAUAACGAGCAUAAAAUUCGCAAAAUGGUUUCCUUAAUCGAGACUGUUGAUACUCCUGUAAUAUCAACUUGCAAUUGUGUGUAAGAAACCUGCCUAAUAAAACAGAUCAUAAGGAGAACAGGGUUUUAGGUAUCGAAUCAGUUGAGAUAUUAAACAUCAUAUACAGAUGAUAAUGUGAUACUGCUACAUGUUAUGUAGAUAUUGGAAGUUGAGGGAGAAGUUGAAAUAAUUUCGUGUGUCGUUAGUUUGUCGUAAAGAUUUAUUUUCAAUAAAAAUAACUAAGUACAAAGGAGAUGUAGAUGUAUAUGUGGUGUUUUUCCUAUUUCAAGUUUAUGUGGAAAUAUGGAAUGAAAAUUAUUUCGUUAAUAGGUAAAGCGUCGUCGAUAUAUCUCAAUAUAGAGUGGAAGGCCUAACAACUGUAAUUCCGACUUAUUACUACUCACUUUUCAACAUUGGUUCUCAUUAUAAUGCUAAUUUGCAUAUAAGAUGUUACCACCCGUAUAUCUAUAUAACAUAUAGGUUGAUGAUUUGUUUUGAGUCAAUGCAAAAUUACAAGGCAAAUCGAUCAUACCCAGAACAUACGCUUGUUUGUCGAAUCAGUUAAUCAACAUAUAUAUCAUCCCAGGUGAUAGUGGAAUAGUUAUAUAUACAUAUAGGGAGAUGGUGGCGGACCUUAGUUUUCCCUAGCUACCAUAAACCUUAUAUGUUCGUUUACCAUCAACGUCCCAAAACAAUAAAGAAACAGCAUUAGACAUAAAACACAGAUAGAGGAUAAAUUUAUGUUUUUAUUUCGAGUUGCCUGGAAUAUUUCUGAUCAACAUGCUUAAUGGAAUUUAUCAGUAUUAGAAAAUGGACAAAUUGUUCGUUAUUGAUUUAAACUACUUGUUUAAAGCCAAAUUUAGUGCAAAUACCAUGCUCUCACGUAUUGAAUCAUUUUAGACAAUUACGUAUUUCAUGAUUGAAGCGUUGAUCAAUCAGUCUCCACCAGUGUGUAGAGAAUGUAUUUCGAAAGUACUCUCCUCACAGCACUUAUCGUUGAAUAUCAGAAUUCACAGUAAAAACCACAGUAAAUGUCAGUAAUUCUCAGCACCAACAUACAUGUUCAGUGCCAACUACAAAAAUAUCAGUUAUUAUCAAAACUUUCACCAGUGAAACAUUCUUGAUAUCGUUAAACGAUAUACAAUCAGUAAAUCAACGAUAAUUAGAACAUUCACAAUGGUGUCGGAUGAACAAAUUGAUCAUAAAGUUUUACUACACACCACUAAUGAAAGGUGAAGAUAACGAACAGUGAUGAAAGGUGAAGAUAACAAACAUUGAUCAAUCUCAUACCUCCUAUUAGCAAUAAAAAUAGAGUUGGGCAAAGACAGACCCCUUGCUAUACUAGAUAUGGGAUCUGGUGUCUGGGAGGAGUAAACAUCCCCUGUCGGCCGGUCACAUCCGCCUUGAGCCCUAUAACUUGAUCAGGUAAAUGGAGUUGUCCGAAGUCAAUAUCAGUGUGCCAAAAACGGCC